GGAAUUCAAACACCUGCACUGCCUUCACAAACACCAUCACCAUUUUUGAGUUUAUGCGUAAUUUGCGCUCCAUUUAUGAUAUUAUUAAGCAUCCGAAACCCCCUCUUUCUAAUAUUUUUAUGAUCUUCCAACCAAUGUUUUGUUUUCGUUUUGCUCCUUUCUUCAUAUAUUCUCAUCUUUCAAAGCAAAGGCAAUUUCAUUUGCUUUGUGCUCACAAAUUCACUUUUCCAUGAACUCUCUUUUAUCAAGGUUCUCUUGAACAAAUUAUUAGCUUGAGACAUCUAACCAUACAUGGCAACAAAAACUAAAGACACUAGUGCUACAGGGAAGGAGAAGAAGCCCUCAUCUUCUAUCCCCAUCACAAGCACCAAAAAGACCACCAAGCCCUCAUCCACAGCAAGCCCAUCAGACAAGCCCACCUCAAGCCCAUCAGACAAACAAAUCCCAAACUACCUCAAGCCCACAAUCAGCUCACGCCUUGAGUCCCAGUCCUUCAAGCUAGCCAGCAAGAGUGAUGCUCAAAACAAAGCCACUCUCAACAGAAGAAGGUCCUUUGACAAACCACCAUCACCUUCAGGCCCAAAACAAAGACAGCACACUCUUUCAAGGCAAAACAAUGCCCUUGUGUCCCCUGGCCCUAGAGACAGGGUCCUAACUCGAUCUUCCACCACUCUUCCAGUGAAAACCAUAAACACUACCAAACCUGUUUCAGAGAGGAAUUCAAAGACUUCUAAAGAAGGAAAAACUCACCCUCUGGUUGCCAAGAGUGCAAAGAAGAGCAGCCCCAUUAUUUUCACUCCAGCAAAUAAGAAGGUAGCUGCUGCUGGUGCUUCUGCUGCUAAAUCGAAGAAAACCUCAAAGACCAUCACUGUUCCUGAAACCACAGAAGGGACCCAUGUUGAUGAACCUGAGGCAGAAGUUAAAGAAGCUGUGAAUGAAGAAGAGAUUGCAGAAGUAGAAAAAGUGGAGGAUAAAGAACAAGAGGCUGAAAAUGUACCUGAAACCCCACCUCAUGUUGAAUCUGAACCUGAACAUGAGCAUGAUCAAAAAAUUGAAGAGUCUGAACCUGAACAUGAGCAUGAUCAAAAAGUUGAAGAGUCUGAUCAGCCUCAAAUUCAAGAUGAUCAUGAUGAGAAGGUGGUACCUACUGUGUCAGAACAAGAAGAAGAAGAAGCAAAAGAAGAGAAAAUCAUCAAAGAUGAGCAUGAAGAGGUAGAGAAUACAAUCCAAGAGGAAAGCAACAUUGAUGAGAGUCAGCCAGAAAUUAAUCAUUCAGCCAAUGAAGAAGUUGAGGUCAAAGAAAAGGAAGAAGAAGAAGAAGGUGGGGUUAUAACAGAAGAAGAUCAUAAAAAUGAGACCACCAAUGAGGAAAAGACAGAGGAAGAAGAGAAGGAAGGGGUUGAAUCAGGAGAAACAAGUGAAGGGGUUAAGUUAACAGAAGGAGUUGAAGAGGGUGAUGAACAGAGUGAAGCUAAAGAAGAAGCUAAAGAAGAGGGUGAUGAACAUAGUGAAGCUAAAGAAGAAGCCGUGGCAGAGUCACCAAAGCCAAAUCAACAAACAGCUUCUGUUCAUGGUAAGAAAGAGUCUCAGGUAUCAAAUGAUGUCAUUGAAGAGACUGCGAGCAAACUAUUGGAGGCGAGAAAGAACAAGGUGAGAGCUUUGGCUGGUGCAUUUCAGACUGUUAUUGAUUAUCAAACCAAAUGAAACAAGACACUUUGUGUGCAUUUGUUGUGAGACUGAGACAGAAUGAAGAGAACACAUCUCUUUGGUCUCUUCCAAACCUGAAAAUUAAGGAGGUGCUGAUGUGUUCCCUCCAAUCAUUUGUUCAUAAACAUGUGUAAUUAAUACCAUUGUAAUUUAUAUAAUUUAGUCUUUGGUCAAAUUAAUUAACCCCUGGGAUUGUAAUUUUCUUUUAUAUAUAUGUACAAUGAUAUUUUCUUUUGUUUUGUUAUUGUAACAAAAAAAACUAUUUUAGGGACAAACAAUGAA